AUGGAAAACUUUACAUUCUACUACUACAAGCCCUCGGGGCCGGCUGCAGCCAUCUUUGUCGUGCUGUUCGGCCUCAGUACCCUCCUACACUUCUACCAACUCAUUCGGACGCGAACCUGGUUCAUGAUCCCGUUUUUUGUCGGAGGCAUUCUGGAAACCAUCGGUUACAUUGGCCGUUUGCUCUCCUCCAUCGAGUCUCCCGAUUUCACAAAGGGCCCCUAUGUUAUGCAGAGCGCCUUGAUUCUCAUCGCCCCCGCCUUCCUCGCGGCUAGCGUCUACAUGACUCUGGGUCGAAUCAUCGCCAUGCUGCAGGCAGAGAAAUACUCGGUCAUCAAGCUGCGGUGGCUGACCAAGAUCUUCGUCACGGGAGACGUACUCUCGUUCCUUAUGCAGGCAUCCGGAGCCGGUAUCAUGGUGAAAGAUUCCACGGAUCCCACCACGGGCGAACGAAUCAUCAUCGGUGGCCUGUUCGUGCAGAUCGUCAUGUUCUCCCUCUUCGUGAUCACAGCCAUCGUGUUCGAGAUCCGCAUGGCUCGGGCCCCGCUCAAUGCUUCGCCGGAGGCCUCGCAGGUCUGGCGACGACAUAUGAUUGCGCUUUACACCACCAGCGCCCUCAUCCUGGUUCGAUCGAUCAUCCGAGUCGUCGAGUAUCUCGACGGGUACGACGGAUAUCUGAUGAAACACGAGGUAUUCAUCUACGUCUUUGAUGCACUCCUGAUGUUUCUGGCGAUGGCUGUCUUGCAUAUCGUCCACCCCAGCCAGGUAAAUGCUCUUCUGGGCCAGGGCGACCUUUUCAUUGAAAAAGUUGUCAUGACUUGCAAGUCUUCCGCCGCCCCCCGGGUGGAAAUGCAAGAUGCCAUGGAGGCUUGA